AAGAAAUAGAGCGAGACUCCCAGAAUGCCACUCUCCAACUGAAGCAAACCAGAAACAUGGCGUCUUUCAGUAAAUAUCUGUCAGCGAAAAACUCCUCCAUUGUGGGCGGCAUUUUGUUGGUAGUAUACCUACUGAAACAUAGAAGAAGGAACCCCAAACAGGACGGUAGAAAAGGCAGCUCAGAUCUAGUGCUGAACACUGAGAAAGAUGGCAGGAAGGACCGAGCAGCAGUGGAUAAGGUUUUCUUCCUCCGAGUGCUCCGAAUUAUGCAGAUUAUGGUACCUCGAUUUUUCUGCAUGGAGACUGGGUACCUUAUCUUUAUCGCCACCAUGUUGGUGGCCAGGACCUACUGUGAUGUAUGGAUGAUCCAGAACGGCACAUUGAUUGAAAGUGCAAUUAUUGGCCGCUCGACAAAAGAUUUCAAGACCUUCUUGUUCAGCUUUAUCAAGUUCAUGCCCCUUAUAGCCUUGGUGAACAACUUCCUGAAGUUGGGUUUAAACGAGCUGAAGCUGAGAUUCCGUGAGAGGCUCACAAAGAACUUGUACGACCAGUACCUGCGAGGUUUCACCUAUUACAAAAUGGGAAACCUGGACAACCGGAUAGCCAAUGCUGACCAACUGCUCACACAGGAUGUGGAGAAAUUCUGCAACAGUGUGGUGGACCUUUACUCCAAUCUCAGCAAGCCUCUGUUGGAUAUUGGUCUGUACAUCUUCAAGUUGACAAGUGCCAUUGGUGCACAGGGCCCAGCCAUAAUGAUGGCAUACCUGCUGAUCUCAGGUCUGUUCCUUACCAGACUGAGGAGGCCAAUAGGAAAAAUGACAGUCACUGAGCAGCGCUACGAAGGAGAGUAUCGCUACAUCAACUCUCGCCUUAUCACCAAUAGUGAGGAGAUUGCCUUCUACAAUGGAAACAUGAGAGAAAAACAGACCGUUCAUUCCACAUUCAAGAAACUGGUAGACCACCUGCAUAACUUCAUCUUCUUUCGCUUCUCCAUGGGAUUUGUGGACAGCAUAAUUGCCAAAUAUCUGGCUACUGUGGUGGGCUACCUGGUGGUCAGUAGGCCAUUCCUAGACUUGUCCCACCCACGACAUCUGCACAGUUCACAUUCUGAGCUCCUGGAGGACUACUAUCAGAGUGGGAGGAUGCUCCUGAGAAUGUCCCAGGCCCUAGGCAGGAUUGUACUGGCUGGCAGAGAGAUGACCCGCCUCUCAGGGUUCACAGCACGUAUCACUGAACUGAUGAAAGUCCUGAAGGAGCUGAAUGCUGGCAGAUAUGAACGUACAAUGGUGUCUCAGCAGGAGAAGGAAUCAGACACUGCAGAGAAACUCACACUGGUGCCAGGAAGUGGUCAAAUUACCAACAGAGAUAACAUCAUCAAAUUUGACCAUACCCCACUGGCGACGCCUAAUGGAGACAUCUUGAUCAGAGACCUCACAUUUGAGGUGAGAUCUGGCACUAAUGUUCUUGUGUGCGGACCAAAUGGCUGUGGAAAGAGUUCUCUGUUCAGAGUGCUUGGAGAGCUGUGGCCUCUGUUUGGUGGACACUUGACAAAACCUGAGCGAGGAAAGCUAUUCUACGUUCCACAGCGACCCUACAUGACUCUGGGCUCUCUGAGGGACCAAGUGAUUUACCCUGACACCUAUGAUGAACAGAAGAGGAAAGGCAUCUCUGAUCAGGUUUUGAAGGAAUACCUGAACAAUGUUCAACUGGGUCACAUUCUGGACAGGGAAGGCAGCUGGGACUCAGUUCAGGACUGGAUGGAUGUCCUCAGUGGAGGAGAGAAACAGAGGAUGGCUAUGGCCAGAUUGUUCUAUCACAAGCCCCAGUUUGCCAUUCUGGAUGAAUGCACUAGUGCUGUGAGUGUAGAUGUGGAGGAUUACAUCUACAGCCACUGCAGGACGGUAGGGAUCACCUUAUUCACAGUGUCCCACAGAAAGUCUCUGUGGAAGCACCACGAGUAUUAUCUCCACAUGGAUGGAAGAGGGAACUACGAGUUCAAGCCCAUCACCGAAGAAACUGUAGAGUUUGGCUCUUAACUGACAUUUGCCCAAAAUGCACUGCUCUGAUGAAGCCAGCCUAUUAGUUCUUUGCACAGCUAAAACUAGAAAAUAAUGUUUUUAAUCAUUUCUAACACUCAGACUUGUUUUCUUUGUUUUUUGCUAUUUAAAGCAUCACUUGUCUAAUCAAUAAUUUGUUUAUUGUGAUUAUAAUCAUCACUCCUGACUGCCUUGUAGGUUCUUAUUAAAGCUAAACUCUCCAUAGCUGACAGAAGUUGACACCAGCCAAGGCUGGCAGUUAUUGUUAUCUUAAAAUAACAACAGUAAUGUCGGAGCUCAUCGAUACUACAGGGUUUAGAUAUUUAGCCCCAGGACCUUUUUAAUACCAGGUUUCCCUACCCAUCCCUGUGCACAGACAGUGUUCAAAUAUAUAAAAAGUAACUUCUCUUACUUAUAACUCAGGACCCACUAAAAGUGUGUGUUUAUCUAGAUCUCUUUUCCUGCCUGUGUUUCCUUGUUAUUACCCCCAGUCAGUAAGUGCAAAGUAGCCGAGAGAGGGACAAGAUUGAGUGUGUGCUUUGUCUGCAUUUCACUGCUCCCUCUUUUCAUGAUAAGGGGCCUAAAAUGCUAUUGAACCAUAACUGCUCUGCCUCUGCAGCUGCAGACAAUUAGUGCUACCUGCUUAUCACUAUCCUCAGCAACUAUCAGGAAACUGGAAAAUACUACUGUAUCACUCACUCGGGCAUUCAGAAGAGUUUUGAAAAUAUGAAAUUACAAGGUUAUGGUGUCUCCCAAGAGACCAAAACAAAACAAAAAAAAAUCUGGCUAGAACUUAAGGCAAAAUUGUACCUCUUACUGAGUGCCCUAAUUACAGAGUCCAUUGAAUUUAAGUGAUUUUGUUAAAAAAUGUCACUAUUUCAGUGCUGGUUUGACAGGGCCUCCAUAGAACACAGGUAGGUAGACCUGGAUGCAGGAAAGUUGAGUUAAGCUAAGUUAAGUUUAACUUCAACUUAAUAUAAAUUGGCAGCAUUGACAAAAUUGGAAGUGCUGACCUCGGUAACCAAUUUGCACAGCAAAAUAAUAAUUAAAAAAUGAAUAAGAAAUACAGAUAGAGGGCAUACUCUCUCCAGAUACAGAUACCGCCACACACUUCUAGUAGGACAUGAUUGAAGAGGGAUUAUUUUGUAUAGAUCUAAAUGUUGUAUUUUAGGAAUAUUCUGCAUGGUAUAAUUUGUUUUUGUCAGAGCUUGGGAAUGAAUUUCACAGUGCCACAAACUUACUGACUAAUGAUUAAUUAUUUUACGUUAAAAAGCUUUAAUAAAGAGUGAUCCCUUCAAAGUUUAUUUUUAAUUCCAACAAUUAAUGAGUUAGUUCUCCAUAAUGUAUUGCCUUUUCUCCCUUUAGUUUUUUUGGGAGUUGCGAGAUUGUAAUUGUUUGAUUCCAUUAUGUUUUGCUCUUGGGUAUGAGAGGUGGGAAGUAUGAGCUGUCCAUGAGGGAGCAGAGAAUAAUAUACCUUGGUGGCUCAGUUGCAGUAACCUACUUUUCCAGUGGCCUGUCGAUCAAGUUAUCUGAGAUUUGAAGACAUGGGUUCCAUAUUGAACAGCAAGGAAUUAUUAGACUUUUUUUCUUAUUAUUACUAGCCAUUUUCAUCUAUGAAAUACUUUAAUCUAUAUAUUUUUGGGUUAUGGGAUUACACGAUUACCUUGAUAACAGCUUUUAUAUGCUCCAAGAAGCAGGAGACAGAAUCUAAAAUGCGAAAGAGGCAUCUGUCAGUUCACCGGAACAUGAGUAUACACAUCCCUUCACAGACCCUCUGCCAUUUCAACUCCUCGGUGUUCUGUUAUUCUACUAUAAUGUAACUUAAUUUUAAUGUGUUAUUAUUGUGUUAUGAUCUUACUUUGAAUUUGAAUUAAAAAAUGAACUGUAGGAGUAAUUAAUUUUCAUAAAGAGCUCUCCCUCUCUCUCA